AACGUUUACAAGAAAAACAAAGCGUUGAUUAUUCAAAAACCAGAAGUAGGAAUUCUCGGCUUCAUGCUUCUCCCUCUUCGGAACAAGAAUAACAUUUCUGAUGUCUACUGUGGGCAAUUCGACCAACAUUUUCUGGCAGGAAUGUCCUGUUGGGAGGGCUGAAAGGCAGAAACUACUAAACCAAAAGGGAUGCGUUCUAUGGAUUACGGGCCUCAGUGGAUCAGGGAAAAGCACAUUGGCAUGCACAGUAGGUAGAGAACUGCACUCCAAGGGUAAGCUGUCAUACAUUCUUGAUGGAGAUAACCUGAGGCAUGGGCUGAACAGGGAUCUUGGAUUCAAAGCAGAAGAUCGAACAGAAAAUAUACGCAGAGUUGGGGAAGUAGCAAAACUCUUUGCAGAUGCUGGUUUGAUCUGUAUUGCCAGUUUGAUAUCUCCAUAUAGAAAGGACCGAGAUGCUUGCCGUGCAAUGUUGCCUAAUGCAAAUUUUAUUGAGGUUUUCAUGAACAUGCCUUUACAAUUGUGUGAGGAGAGGGAUGCCAAAGGCCUUUACAAGCUUGCACGUGCUGGAAAGAUCAAAGGUUUCACCGGGAUAGAUGAUCCGUAUGAACCACCAUUGAAUUGUGAGAUAGAAAUACAACAGAAGGAUGGGGUUUGCCCUAGUCCGAACGACAUGGCCGGGGAUGUAGUGACCUACUUGGAGGAGAAAGGAUUUCUUCAAUAUUAGCUAUGACACUCUCCUGAUUCAGGCUCUUUGAACCAAAUUUGAAACCACAGUGUGUCUGGUUAUGGCAAGUGGGGAGGCCCAACCCCAGCAGCUUAGUUGUAUGAACCUAGGAAUUUGUUUUCCUUCCCUAUAUUUAGAUGGACCAUUGGUUUCAUCGGCUUGAAUUUUGUUUGUUUUUAGUAGAUUGGGAGGGAAGCAACUGCUUCAGACAUUGUAACUUCAGAUAUUACCUAUCAAUCUGAGGCAAAGUCUGAAAAACAACUCUUAAUGAAUUUUGGAAUGGUUUGGUGAGAGCUUACCAACUAUUUCUGUUUGACUUA